CACUUUAAAAGUCUCUUCCUCUAAGGCUCCAGGAAAGGAUCGCGAUGGCCGAGCUGCAGCUGGCUGAGGAGAUGACCUGCUCCAUCUGCCUGGAGCUCUUCCAGCAGCCCGUCACUACCCCGUGCGGCCACAACUUUUGCUCGCCCUGCCUGGACGAGACGUGGACCGUCCAGGGCCCCCCGUUCUACUGCCCGCAAUGUAGGAGAAGCUUCCUGACGCGGCCACAGCUGCAGAAGAACACGGCGCUGUGCUCAGUGGUGGAUCAUCUGCAACAAAUCCAGAGCCGCCGGGAAUUGGGGUCGCUCUGCAAGGAGGCCAAAGAUGGCGAGACCUGGGACCUGCCGUCGAGGAAGGAGGGGCAAGCGAAGGGGGAGGCGGCUGUGUCUGUGGCUUGCGACCACUGCCUGCAGGCUCCUGCUGCCAAGACGUGCUUCACUUGCAUGGCAUCCUUCUGCCAGGAACACCUCCGGCCACACCUGGACAAUCCCGCGUUCCAGGGCCACACGCUGCAGCAGCCCGUCCCGGACCUGGCCCGUCGCAAGUGCACGGAGCACAGUCGCCUGCGGGAAUUCUUCUGCCCUCAGCACGGCGCCUGCAUCUGCUGCGUCUGCCUGGUGGGGCACAAGACCUGCUCUCCGGUGGCCCUAGACGUUGCCCGGAGCGACCUGAAGUCCAAGAUGAAGCAGAAGCUGACAACUAUAUAUGAUCAUAUCAAUAAGGCUUCAAGUGCAUUGAAAGAUGUCAAGUUGAAACAACAGACUGUGCAGGAAACAGCAGCCAGAAAGAUAGACUUGUUGAAACGUGAAUAUGAAGAAAUGAAAAUCCUCAUUGAAUCAGAGGAGAAGAGAUCUCUACGGAAGCUGAAAGAGGAAGAAAAGAGAGUCUUGGACAAAUACGACUAUGUCCAUCAGGUCCUACUCAAGAAAAAGAAGGAAAUUGAGUUUGUGAAAGAAGAGAUUGAACUGUUGCUCACAAAAAAUGAUGAGAUUGCCUUUUUAGAGAAAGCCUCAAAGCUGCAAGAAAUCCUCAUCAAGUCUGUAUAUGUACCAAAGAAUGAAUUAAACCAAGAGAUGAUCAAUGGUGUAUAUCAACAUGCAUUCUCCGUUAAAGAGGCUUUAAAACACAAUAUAACUCACCUUCAAGAGAAGAAAACAGAAGAGGCAACUAGCUCAGAUGACCCUGGAAAACCUUUGCCUUCCUUUAGACCAACUUAUCCCAACAAAGAUCAUCACCAAACAAGACGGAUCCACAAAGUGGACAAACCACAGCCCAAGGCACAGGGAGUCCAGCAGGAGAAAAGUGGAAUUACAGAACAGAAACAGGAAAAGAAACCUAAACCAUCUGCUCCUGUUCCUACAGUGACCCCCAGCCAGAAACCCAGCCCGGGAACUAUGACAGACUUGGCAGAUUUAAAAACAGCCCUCUCAGACGUUUUCUCCUCUGCAGCUACAGAAAAAGCUGCCAGUGCCUUACUAAAGAACUCGACUCGGAAGACACAAAUACUAGACGCCUUCUUAGCAAAAUCCAGACCCGAGCUCCUGCAGUAUGCUACUCAAGUGGUUCUGGAUUUCAACACUGCCCACAACAAAGUGGCUUUGUCGGAGAAUUACACCGUAGCAUCUGUGGCCACAGUCCCCCAGAAUUACCGGCCCCAUCCCCAGAGAUUCACCUAUUGCUCUCAGGUCCUGGGUCUGCACGGUUACAAGAAGGGAGUCCACUACUGGGAGGUGGAGCUGCAGAAGAACACAUUUUGUGGCAUCGGCAUCUGCUACGGGAGCAUGGAUCGCCAGGGUCCCGACAGCCGCCUGGGCCGCAACAGCGCCUCUUGGUGUGUGGAGUGGUUCAACACCAAGAUCUCCACCUGGCACAAUGAUGUGGAGAAAAGCCUGCCCCUCACCAAGGCCACCAGGAUCGGCGUGCUCCUGAAUUACGACGACGGCUUUGUCAUUUUCUUCGCCAUCACAGACAAAGUCAGCCAGAUCUACAAGUACAAGGUGGAGUUUUCGGAAGUGGUGUUCCCUGCCUUCUGGGUAUUCUCGAGUGGCACCACUCUCACCAUCUGCUCACUGAAAUAA